AUGCCGGCAAAAUCGUCGCGGGAUGACCUGGAGGCUCCGCGGCCUGCGCCGCAGGCCAUGGAUCAACCUCGAGGUCCGACAUUGCCAGGCCGUGUGCAGGCAGAGAAAAGGGGAAGUCAGGAGCUUUGUGGGGGAAACGUCGUGCAGCAAGGUGAUGCCAUGCCUUUGACAGCGGAACUGGAAGAACUGAUUGACAAGACCAUCUGCGAAAUUCAAGAGUUGGAGAGCCAGGAGAGGCAAUGUCUAUUGCAGGACUCAGACUUUUGCCAGGAAGUCACGCCAGAGCUACAGCAGAACUUCUCCAAGGUGGAUGUCCCCAGUCCGCCUCAAAUACCUCGAGCAAGACGUCCUGUCACAACAGGAGCUCGUGAAGCUGAAGUGGAGGCUGUCGAGCACUGCCGACGAUUCCUGGCACAAGCUUGCCGGCCGCAGGUGAAGAUCAGGACGCCCUAUGCUGUUCCGAAGUUCGAUUUGACAGAUACGGAACUCAGACGUCCUCUUGAGAAGUCUUUGGAGUCGAUGUCCUUCGACCCUUUGGCGUUCCGAAUCCUGCGCCGAUCUGCUUGGUGA